GAGAGAGAGGAAGGAGGAGGAGGGGAGAGCGCCGAAGGCUUUGCACACACCGACACACACCAACACACCAACAGACACACACACACAUCUGCUCUUUUCCGUAGCCUCCGUCAGGGGGUUGCCAUAGAAACCGGAGUGACAUAGAAGAGGAAAGAGAAGAAGGAGAAGGAGAAGAGGGAGAAGAGCCUCCUGGGCCCGUGGCAGAGGGACGGAGCAGUCAGGAGCAGCCUCCUCUCCCUCGGCAACCACUUUCAGCACCCCUGGCAAAGUUGCUGGGCCCGAGAAGGGAUGGUGGGAAAGGGAGCCCGGCUGGAUCCGUGGAGCUCAAGCGCCUAGGCUCUCUCACCCCACCAUGGCGGGGGUGGCAGGACGGAUAAGGCAGCCAGGGAGAAUCAUGAAUGGCAGUGACUGAGGACCCCGUCAAACUGACCAACGGAGGGUACCCAUUCCAAGGUUACCUUCACUAAGGAUGUUCUGCUUAUCUCUUCUGCUCUUGGCUGGAUUUUCAACAAGUUCGGGGUCUGAAGUCAAUCCAGCAAUAUGCCGGUAUCCUUUGGGGAUGUAUGAAGGGACCAUCCGAGACGAGGACAUUACUGCUUCGAGCCAGUGGUACGAUUCAACUGGACCACAAUAUGCCCGAUUGCUCAGAGAAGAGGGCGACGGCGCGUGGUGUCCGGCCGGACUCUUGCAACCGGAAGACGUGCAGUUUCUUCAGAUUGACCUUCACAAACUCUACUUCAUCACCCUGGUGGGGACACAAGGGCGCCACGCCCGGGCCACCGGGAAGGAGUUCGCCCGGGCUUAUCGGAUCAAUUACAGCCGUAACGGCGAACGGUGGCUCUCUUGGAAAGACCGUCAGAACAGGCAGGUGAUCCAAGGCAACACAGACACCUACGAGGUUGUGUUGAAAGAUCUUCGCCCACCUAUCAUCGCUCGCUACAUCCGUGUGAUCCCAGUGACGGAGCAGCCCAUGACUGUCUGCAUGAGAAUAGAACUCUACGGUUGUGUCUGGUCUGAUGGCUUGGAGUCCUACAGCAUGCCCGAAGGAGAAACCAUAAUGGACCCUGGCAAUCCUAUCGUUUAUCUAAAUGACUCGAUCUACGACGGUCACCAGGAACGAAAGCUCCUCCACGGUGGGCUGGGCCAGCUUACGGACGGUGUUCUGGGACUGGAUGAUUUCACCAAGAGCCACCAAUACCGUGUAUGGCCAGGCUACGAUUACAUCGGUUGGAGGAACGACAGCUUCCGGAACGGCGCCGUGGAGAUGGAGUUCCAGUUUGACCACCAGAGGAAUUUCACCUCCAUGAAGGUCCAUUGCAACAACAUGUUUUCCAAAGGAGUGAAGAUCUUCGAGAGGGUGGAAUGUUUCUUCAAACCACAGCGGAUCGCCGAGUGGGACCCGCAACCUGUGGGUUUGGACACCGUUUUGGAUGACAAGAAUCCCAGCGCGCGAUUUGUGACCGUUCCCUUGAACCACCAUAUUGGCAAAGCCAUUCUUUGCCGUUUCUACUUCGCCGAUACCUGGAUGAUGAUCAGCGAGGUCUCUUUUCAAUCAGUCAAUAUGGAUGCUCCUGAUCCAAUUCUGGUUACUUCUGCAUGGAGUCCCACCACAGAGUCAUAUCCAUCAUCAGAGCGACCAAAUGCUACACAGGGGACUUUGGGGUACACCGUCCUAGCUUCCAUCAGCCCCAGGGUCGAGCAGAAGGCAGAGGACUCCAACUCUUCCAGUCUGAUCGGCUGUCUUGUGGCCAUCAUUCUCCUCCUUUUGGUGGUUAUCAUCGCCAUCCUGUGGAGACAGUACGCUCAGAAGCGUCUGGAGACGGCUCCCCGUCGAAUCCUGGAAGAAGAUGCCACGGUGCGUCUCUCCUUCUACAGCUCCAGAAUUGUCAAUGGCCAGACACAGAUCCACCAGACCAAUCCCACCUACGAGAGAGUCUUCCCCUUGGACCUGGAAUAUCACCAGCCUCUCACCCUCCUCCAGAAAUUGCCAGAGUUAUCUCAAAGCGCCGAAGACUCGGCCUGCAGUGGUGAUUAUGCGGAGCCCGACCUCACCAAGUGCACCCCUCACCAGGGAUUCCAGAAUAACGUUCCCCAUUACGCCGAGACAGACAUCGUCAACUUGCAAGGGGUGACAGGAAACAAUACAUACGCCGUGCCAGCCAUCACCGUUGACUCGUUGACCAAGAAGGACAUCUCCAUCGCUGAGUUUCCCCGGCACCAGCUGCAGCUCAAGGAGAAGUUGGGAGAAGGACAAUUUGGGGAGGUCCACCUUUGUGAAGCUGUCGGUCUUCCGGAAUUCUUGGGCCGUGCUUCUCCAGAAAGUUCUAGCCGGGCAAUUUUGGUGGCUGUGAAAAUGUUGAGAGCUGAUGUCACCAAGACAGCCAGGAACGAUUUCCUAAAAGAGAUCAAGAUCAUGUCCCGGCUGAAUGACCCGAACAUCAUCCGGUUGUUGGGUGUGUGCGUGAAGGACGAUCCUCUUUGCAUGAUCACCGAAUACAUGGAAAACGGGGACCUUCACCAGUUCCUCCUGCAAAGACGGAGUCGAAGCACUUUCACACAUUCCAGCAACGUUCCUUGUGUCAGCAAUCUCCAUCUCUUGCUCAUGGCAACUCAGAUUGCUUCCGGCAUGAAAUACUUGGCGUCCCUCAACUUCGUCCACCGGGAUUUGGCCACACGCAAUUGCUUGGUUGGAAAUAACUACACCAUCAAGAUUGCUGAUUUUGGCAUGAGCAGGAAUCUGUACAGUGGCGAUUAUUACCGGAUACAGGGUAGGGCUGUGUUACCGAUCCGCUGGAUGGCCUGGGAGAGCAUUCUGUUGGGAAAGUUCACCACCGCCAGUGAUGUGUGGGCCUUUGGUGUGACGUUGUGGGAGAUGUACACCUUAUGCAAAGAGCAGCCGUACAGUUGGCUGUCUGACGAACAGGUGAUUGAGAAUACGGGGGAAUUCUUCCGAGAUCAAGGCCGACAGGCUUACUUGUCUCAGCCGCCUCUAUGUUCAAAUCCUGUGUUUUCCUUGAUGAUGAAAUGCUGGAGCCGGGAUAUCAAAGAUCGUCCCACCUUUGAAGCAAUCCAUCUGUUUCUCAUCGAACAGAUGGAUGGAAGUAUCGGACCUAUAUGAGAACGUGAGACUGUUGAAAGACCACUGCAGUUGGGCCAAAGGUUCUCAAGAGUCUGUUUGACUCCCUCUUUCCUGUGGACAAGACCAGGUGAAGUCAGACGACCCACCAGAGUAACCGUUGAAGGUGUUCUUCUUGAGAUUUCUUCAAGAGAUGGCAUGACGGGGCCUCUUUGUCAUGUGGCUGGUGGUCAUCCUGAGAAGAAGCAUGGCCCCAAGUGGAGGUGGCCACAUCACCUUGGCGAGAAGGAUCCAUGUUCUGUAUUGCCCUCUCCAUGGGGGCAUCUUGGAAGCUGCUGCUUUUCUCAGCCACGAUUCAGAGUUCCAGAGGGCUGAGAAACUUAACAUCUCAUGGAAUAUUUUUGCCUUCUUUCCUUGAAAUAUGGAGAAGAUCUUUCGCCUCUGUUUUGUCCCUCCUUCUUUAGCUCUCAGCAGAAUUCGCUGUCUCCAGAAUGGGAGAGAAAUUAUGUUCCACCUCUUUGGAAGAGUCAGCUUCUUGGAUAUCUGCCCACCUUCCCUGAAAACUAUGUUUGGUGCAUCCUGUGGGACCUCAAGCUCCUGUUUUCUGUCGGACCACCGACUACUAUCCUUUUCUAUCUUUCAAUCAAAUUUGGGGAGCCGAUGGAUACUUGUGACUGCCCAUUCACCAAAAGGAGAGACCUGUGAAGUUUCCCACACUGGAUUUAACUACUUUUGUGAAGAGCAAAACCAAAAUGAAUGUCAAGAUUGAUAGGAAGGCCUUCUAGAUCUCAACAAAUGGAAAGGAUUUACUUUGGGGGCCGUGGGGGGUGGGUGGGGUGGCAUUAUCAUAGGAAGGCUUACCCGACACUGUGAUUAAUAUCAAGAUGAAAUGGAUCUUUGGCAGCCCGAAAGGACUGAUAUUCAAAUCGUGCUAUAUUGAAAGUUGUGAAGAUGCCAAAGAAGUCAUCGAGCUCACCUUUAGAACAUCUCAAUUUCAUUUUUCACCCACCCACCCUUCCUUUCCUUCUUUAUUUUCAAUCCCUUAAACACCCGUUGCUUUAAUUUCUAGGUUUUAAAACAGUUUAAAAAAAUUAGCCAACUGGGUUUCUAGCCCAUCGGGAUUUAAGCUUGAAAAUUUGGAGUUUUGUGGGCGGGAAAAAAACUUGAGAAACACUCGGAGAAGACAGAUUUGACCGAAGAAAAAGAAAACCAUUAACGCCCUGAAUAUUUCCCUCUGCGUCCCCCCGAGAAAGGCUCCAAAUUUGUAGAAAAAUCACACUUGGCCCAAUUUGGGAGUAAGAGGUCUAUCUUGCAAACUGCCAACUUUUCAACCAGCCCAUGAUUUCAAAUUAAUGUGUAGGAAGUUUGAUCAUCGUUACAACCUUGUUUAUUUUUUUUAUUUUUUUUUUGUAUGGUGCUUAAGGUUAUUGUUAAUUUGCACAAAACAAUAUCUGAGCAAAUCUAGGGCAAAAAGCAGUUUGGUAAAUAAUUCCAUUUUCCCAUGCCAGGAGAAUUCAUUGCUGGAGACAUAUCAAAAGUUUUAUUUUUGAAAAGGCAACUGGACUGAUUUUCGAGGAAGAGGACGACAAUUUUUUUAAAUAGGAGAACUUUUGUAAACAUUCUCUUCCAGAAUUACAAUUUUUCAGUUUCGGGGAAAUGACCCUUUGAACAGUUCAACCCGUCAACCCUUUUUAUCCUAGCUGAUCCGGAAAAAGGUAAACAUAUUUGGAAACCACCUGGUGUACUUUGAAUGAGACAAACUACCUGUGAAACAAGGAGCAAACUUGACUGAAAAGGUUUUUAUUGAAGCGCUAAGCCAGGUGCCUUAUUCAAAUCAUUAGGUUCUUGUUCUCUCUCUCUUUUUUUUUAAAUUAAUAUCAAGGAAAUGCAAAUUAGUUUGGGGAACUUGAUAAUAAAGAAGACUUUAUCUUCUGCCUUAAUACCACGGAGAUGCAAAUUAGCUUGAGGAACUUGAUACCGGGGAAGAAGGAACAGUUGGGUCUCUCUUCUGUAGACCCAACUGCCUGGUCUUAUCGGUCCCAUGCACCCCAUUUUCCUGAAGACUACCUCAAAUGGUAGACAUGGCCAGCAGAUAUCAUAGACUGGCAUCUGUCAGUGAAAGAAGUAACACAGCAACUUCCUCCCUACACAAUAGAAGGAGCAUCUCCAUGGCAUCAGUUGUGUUGACCAACAGCUAAUCUUGCUGUAUUUUGCUGAGGAUACAUCUCCGUGAUUGGAAAGAGAUGGAUCUCAGAAACUGUGGCAUUUACGGAGACGACGUCUCCUUCGGGAGGGUGGUGUUGAUGGCAACACCAAAUUGUAUGGUAUAUUCAGGGAGCCGGGAAUUUGGAGAUAACUGGAAUUCAGAGAAUGGAGAAAGGGAUGUCUCAUAGGGAAGGCCAAGCUGGUUGAGAAUUUCAGGUGGGCUCAAUGAAUCCAAUCAUUGAUAGCUUCAAGCUAUCCAUGGAACCUGGGUCAUCAGAACACAAUUGUAGGGUUCUCCUGACAAGCUCUGUCUGAAUGAACCCUCAACCCAUCUGUCCAAACUCAUGCAUUGGCCAUCAGAGUUGGUUCCAGCAGGAAAGGAGAGCUUCCUUCUCCAGAUACUGCUGCAGAAGAAGAAGUCCCAGUUUUCCUCACCGUCGUUGCUCUCACAAGGGCAGCUGAGGAUUGUAAUUUAGAACAUCUGGAAGGAGACUUGGUGUACACCCAAUGUUUAAGGGGGGGGGCCUCUUCAUGGCCUUUGACCUUGGUGCAUUAAAUAUCUGGAAUGGUCUACAGAUCAUUCCAAGAACUGUCCUAUGCAUGGGAUAUUUUCCUUCCCAUCGCCCUCACAAGCAUCUUGGUCUCGUUACCUUUUGGCUACAAUAACCCAUGCUCCCAUAACUCCAGAAAAACUGAUCUGGCUUUUCACCUUUUCCUUGAUAGUUAGCAAACAUUCCCCAGCAUGCUUUCGGAGCGAAAUCGAGUCAAUAUUUGCUAACUCUUUGUUCCUGUGUCUUCAAAAGCAGACGAAGGCAAGAAAGAGUGUCCUAACUACACGUUUUGCUGCAUGGCAUUGAUUUUUUUUAAAAAAAUAUAUAUACAAAAGACACAAAAUAAAAAUUAUUUUUAAAAAAUAAUAAUGAUGAUAAUUAGCUGCUUCUAAAACCUUUCCGGUGCAUCUCUUCGCAACAAUCAAGCCAUCCACACGCCUAACUAAAAGCAAUAAUGAUGCCUCCCCCACUUUUCCUUUGACUAUUUCCUCUUCCUUUUGAGUUUACUUGAAGUUUGAAACUGUGGAUGAAUAACCACUUUUGUCGCAAAGCACAUAGGAUUCCCUGAAAAAAAUAGAAACUUCCACCCCCCUUCCCUUCCUUUUCUAUUCUAGUUUUGCUAAACCUCCGGGGGUUUGUUUAAAUCUAUUUCGGCUCUUCGGCCCUGUAUAUUUUGUAUUUAGAAACGGCAUUCAGAUGUGUACAUAGUAUAAUAUAUGAAUUUAAGCAGGAAUUCCUCUGUAAUCACACUGUUGCUUUAAGGGGACACUGUCCUAUAUUCGGAUGACCAUUUUUAUACAUUGACGAAUGACAAAUAAAAGUCUGUUGGGUUUUUCUCA